CCGAGACAAAUUCGCCCACUGUGAUCGCGAGAGCGAGAGAGCAAUCUCGACCACGAUAUCUUUCCGCGCGGAACACCAGGAUGACGGUUUCAUCCGCCGGAGGAGAUUCGUCGGAGAGCAUCGCGUCUCUUGCUGAGCUCGCACCGCUCGAGGCCGUCCUGUUCGAUAUCGAUGGAACUCUAUGCGACUCGGAUCCUCUCCACUACCAUGCCUUCAGAGAGAACCUCCAAGAGAUAGGUUUCAAUGGUGGAAUUCCGAUCACGGAGGAAUUCUUUGCUGAGAAUAUAUCUGGAAAGCACAAUGAAGACAUAGCUGUGUUCCUCUUCCCAGAUGAUGUUCCUCGAGGCCGACAAUUCAUGGAGGACAAGGAAGCCAUGUUCCUCAAGUUGGCCUCGGAACAACUGACGGCAGUGAGCGGCCUGUACAAAAUGAAGAAGUGGAUCGAAGAUCGCGGUCUAAAACGUGCCGCAGUUACAAAUGCUCCUAGGCCGAAUGCCGAACUCAUGAUCUCAAUUCUCGGACUCUCGGAUUUCUUUGAAGCACUUGUUGUAGGGAGUGAGUGUGAGCAUGCCAAACCACACCCAGAACCUUACCUGAAGGCCCUUGAUCUGCUGAAGGCGUCAAAGGAGCAUACUAUAAUUUUCGAGGACUCGGUUUCAGGCAUUAAAGCAGGGGUGGCAGCUGGAGUGGCCACCAUCGGCAUAAUGACUAGGAACCCGGAACAUCAACUGAUGGAAGAAAAGCCGACAUUCCUCAUCAAGAGCUACGACGAUCCGAAGCUGUGGGCCGCUUUAGAAGCGCUCGAGAAGACGGAUGCUUAAAAAAUUCUUGGCGGAGGACCAGCCCCAUCACAACCGCGCAUUAACCAUUCAGAUUUGACGGUGCGAAACCGCAAGUAACUUUGGGAUCGCAUAUCGUCGCCGGAACGUGUUCCGAUUCUGAGAGAUGUUUCAUAUUAUUCUGCUUACAGAUUAUAUUACUGAAAGUUAAAGUGGAAACGAAAACGAUGCUAUUUUCACAAUUUCUAUCGGUUCCUCCACUCAUGUAUUAGUAAGAAUCUCCACUAAUAUGAAUUUGUUCCUUUCCCA